GCAUAACAAUUUUUUUCAUUGCUGGUCACCACCAAACUGCUUUCUCUGUCUGGUGCCAAGAUGUCUCUCCUCUUGCGCGUCUUUUCUCAAGUAUUCUGCUGGGCCACCCUUUGUCAGGUUCUACAAGUGGCUGCUGCAGGACUGGUCACUUUAGUUACAAUCGGGACUACCCGGUUGUUGCUUCAACAUGCUUGGUUCACUUAUAGGCUGUCCUGUUUUAGAAAGCCUCAUGCGGAUUCUUGGCUGAUAGGUCACCUGGGUAAGAUGCAGAGUACAGAGGAAGGUCUGCUCCAAGUGGAUGAGUUAGUGCAGACAUACAAACAUUCCUGCAGCUGGUUCAUCGGGCCCUUCUAUCAUUUGGUCAGACUCUUCCACCCAGACUAUGUCAAACCUCUGCUAACCGCACAUGCCACUAUUACAGUAAAAGAUGAGUUCAUCUAUGGUCAUCUCCGUCCAUGGCUUGGGGAGAGUCUGUUGCUCAGCAAUGGGGAGGCGUGGUAUCGCAGGAGGCGUCUUCUGACUCCCGCUUUUCAUUUCGACAUACUGAAGAACUACAUUGCAAGAUUUAACACUUCAGCAGACACCAUGCAUGAUAAGUGGCGUCGUCUGGUGGCAGAAGGCAGCACAUCGGUAGAGAUAUUUGACCACGUCACUCUAAUGACAUUGGACAGUUUACUGAAAUGCGCCUUCAGCUAUAGCAGCAACUGUCAGGAGUCAAACAGUGAGUACGCGUCUGCCAUCGUGGAGCUGAGUGAUCAGAUAAUAGCACGGCGGCAAAAUAUUCUGCACCACUGGGACUGGAUUUACUGGAAGACACAAGAGGGAAAACGUUUUAAGAGGGCUUUAAACAUUGUGCACAGUUUUACAAGCAAAGUAGUUCAGAAGCGCCGCACCCUCCUCAACCAGACUGAUUUCACCUCGACAUCUCAGAGGAAAAAGGAUUUUGUGGACAUCAUACUCCUGUCCAAGGACGAAGACGGACGAGGCUUAACCGAUGACGAGAUCGCAGCUGAGGCUAACACCUUCAUGUUUGCGGGUCAUGACACCACAGCCAGUGCCAUUUGCUGGACGCUUUAUAAUUUAGCACGUCACACACACUACCAAGAAAAAUGCAGGAAGGAGGUGUUGGAGCUCAUGCAGGGGCGUGAAAGACAGGAAAUCGAGUGGGAAGAUCUGUCCAACCUUCCCUUCACCACCAUGUGCAUCAGAGAGGCGCUGAGGUUACACUCGCCGGUCCAGGCCGUGACAAGGAAGUACACCCAAGACAUGCCGCUGCCAGGGAACCGGACCGUACCAAAAGGUGCCAUCUGUUUAAUCAGCAUUUAUGGGACACACCACAACCCUGCUGUAUGGACAAAUCCACAUGAGUUUGAUCCUGACCGUUUUGAACCAACCAACCAAGAGGGCCGCUCUUCCCACGCUUUUAUUCCCUUCUCAUCUGGCCCCAGAAACUGCAUCGGUCAGAAAUUUGCACUGGCAGAGCUUCGUGUUGUUGUUUCACUGACAUUGCUCAGGUUCCGCUUGACACCAGGGGUGAACCCAGAACUUGGAUCUGGUGAGGUUCGCCGUCUACCCCAGCUGGUGCUGAGGGCAGAGGGUGGCCUGUGGCUGCAGCUGGAACCUCUGACCCCACCUAAUAUGGACGCAGUACAGAUUAAAUGAUGCUGAUUUGUUGCAUUGUUGACCAAAAUUCUUAUCCAUUUCACUGAAGCUAAAUGUGAAUGCAAAGAAUUUAUUUUAAAAAAAUGAAUGCACAGCUGGAAAAAAAGAGCAAAAGACAACUUCCACAUUUUUCAGUGUGCUUGAUGUUGUUAUUCAAAGUACCGUACAUGUAUGAGUGAAACAUUUUUUUGGUU